GGGACCUGCCCUGGGGCUCCAGUCUCCCCUCUUCACAGGCUUGGGACAGUCAGUCAAAGUGCCUCAUGUGAAAUGUGGUGAGAGUGGGUACCUGAGGUGCCAGGUCCCCUGCCUCAUUCCCCAUGAAUGCUGUGGGAAGCCCCGAGGAGCAGGAGCUACAAAAGCUGGGGAGUGGAGCCUGGGACAACCCCACCUACAGCGGCACCCCCUCCCCUCAAGGGACCCUCAGGAUCUGCACCAUCUCCAGUGCAGUGCCGCCUCAAUCCCAACCGAGGCAGCCUGAAGAUGGACCCCAGGAGAAGGCACACAGGACCCUGGUGUCCAGCUGCUGUCUUCGCAUCUGUCGCGGCAUCAGAGGACUUUGGGGAACGACCUUGACUGAAAACACAGCUGAGAACCGGGAGCUGUAUGUCAAGACCACCCUGCGGGAGCUUUUGGUAUACAUCGUGUUCCUGGUGGACAUCUGUCUCUUGACCUACGGAAUGACCAGCUCCAGCGCCUAUUACUACACCAAAGUGAUGUCUGAGCUCUUCUUACAUUCCCCAUCGGACACGGGAAUCUCCUUCCAGGCCAUCAGCAGCAUGGAGGACUUCUGGGAGUUUGCCCAGGGCCCACUGCUGGACAGCUUGUAUUGGACCAAAUGGUACAACAACCAGAGCCUUGGCCGCGGCCCCCACUCCUUCAUCUACUAUGAGAACCUGCUGCUGGGGGUUCCGAGGCUGCGGCAGCUGCGGGUCCGCAAUGACUCCUGCGUGGUGCAUGAGGACUUCCGCGAGGACAUUCUGAGCUGCUACGAUGUCUACUCCCCAGACAAGGAAGAGCGACUCCCCUUUGGGCCCCUCAAUGGCACAGCAUGGACCUACCACUCACAGGAUGAGCUGGGGGGCUCCUCUCACUGGGGCCAGCUCACAAGCUACAGUGGAGGUGGCUACUACCUGGACUUUCCAGGAUCUCGACAGGCCUGUGCAGAGGCACUCAGGGACCUUCAGGAGGGCCUGUGGCUGGACAGGGGCACUCGGGUGGUCUUCAUCGACUUCUCAGUCUACAAUGCUAACAUCAAUCUUUUCUGUGUUCUGAGGCUGGUGGUGGAGUUUCCAGCUACAGGAGGUGCCAUCCCAUCCUGGCAAAUCCGCACGGUUAAGCUGAUCCGCUAUAUCAGCAACUGGGACUUCUUUAUCAUUGGCUGUGAGAUCACCUUCUGCAUCUUCAUCUUCUACUACAUAGUGGAAGAGAUCCUAGAGCUCCGUAUCCACGGGCUUCGUUAUCUCAGCAGCAUCUGGAACAUUCUGGACCUGGUGGUCAUCUUGCUCUCCAUUAUGGCUGUGGGCUUCCACAUAUUCCGAACCCUCGAGGUGAAUCGGCUGAUGGAGAAGCUUCUACAGCAGCCAAACAUGUAUGCUGACUUCGAGUUCCUCGCCUUCUGGCAGACACAGUACAACAACAUGAACGCCGUCAACCUCUUCUUUGCCUGGAUCAAGAUAUUCAAGUACAUCAGCUUCAACAAGACCAUGACCCAGCUCUCCUCCACGCUGGCCCGCUGUGCCAAGGACAUCCUGGGCUUUGCUGUCAUGUUCUUCAUUGUGUUUUUCGCCUACGCCCAGCUGGGUUACCUGCUUUUCGGGACCCAAGUGGAAAACUUUAGCACUUUCGUCAAGUGCAUCUUCACUCAGUUCCGGAUCAUCCUUGGGGACUUUGACUACAAUGCUAUUGACAACGCCAACCGCAUCCUGGGACCUGUUUACUUUGUCACCUACGUCUUCUUCGUCUUCUUCGUGCUCCUGAACAUGUUCCUGGCCAUCAUCAAUGACACAUACUCAGAGGUCAAGGAGGAGCUGGCUGGACAAAAGGAUGAGCUACAGCUUUCAGACCUCCUGAGACAGGGCUACAACAAGACCCUACGGAGGCUGCGUCUGAGGAAGGAGCAGGUUUCAGAUGUGCAGAAGGUCCUGCGGGCUGGGGAACAGGAGAUCCAGUUCGAGGACUUCACCAACACCUUGAAGGAGCUGGAGCACACAGAGCAUGAGAAGACCAAGCUCACGGCUGCCUUCACCAGGUUUGACCAAGAUGGGAAUGGUGUCCUAGAUGAGAAGGAGCAGAAAGAGAUGCGGCAGAACCUGGAGGGGGAGAGGGUGGCCAUCCAUGCUGAGCUGGAGAACCUGGGCUGGUCCAUUGAGAGGGGCCUACCAGGCGAGUCGAGUCCAAAGCAGGAUGCCAAAGCAGGUGGCUGGGUUUCGGGAGAAGAAUUCUACACGCUCACAAGAAGAGUUUUGCAGCUGGAGACUGUCCUGGAAGGAGUCAUGACCCAGGUUGAUGCCAUGAGCUCGAAGCUGACAGUGGUGGAGAGGGAGUGGCUGGCUCCUCCUCCGGGCGCAGUGAGUGGUCCUUCACCUGGCUCUUCUUGGCUGCCCACAGCUGAUCUCUACCAUCUUUUCCACUCAGUGGAUGGAGGCAAAACAUUUUUGAAAGACCAGCAUUUCAGGCUCCUGGGGCAACAUGUUCCCAGUAGUCAGUCUGUCAGUGGAGGUCGGGUGUGUGGAAGGAAGAACUGAACUUGGUUGCUCUGGCCUGAGGGUGGCCUUAGCCUCCAGGAGAGGGUCUGGGGUUGGAGAAACAGAUCCAGGUAAAAGGAAAGUGGGACACAAACUCCUCCUCCAAGUGACCUGUCCUUUUUUUCUUCCAACAGGGGGAACAAGGCAUUUGGGAGCACCUGCAGGCAGCCCCAGCUGUGACUCCAGCCCCCUGGGGACUCUAGGGCAGGCAGGAGAGUAGUGGGGGAGGGGUCCUAAAGCGUCAGACAGCAGGUUCCUCUGUCACCGCCUCCCCAGAAGCUCCCCCAGCACACGCCCUCCACUUCUAGGGCAGUGGGUGCUACCACUGCUGCUGCCAAGCCCCACCCUGUGCCUGGCCUUUUGAACCAACGUUUCUGUAUGUAGCUGUGUAGCUCUAUGAAAUAUUUCCUGCUGGGCCUCUCACCCCCGUGUGCUCUGAACUCUGCUGUGAUAAUUUUAAAGUCAAUAACAAUAAAGGAAAAAAGGGUAAUAACGUUCCUGAGCAUCUGGAUAGCCAUGAUUUGUGAAAAAAGUAGAAGCUGAAAGAAUAGCAAUAUCUAGAUGUCUUCUUACUU